GUCGUUAUCUGUUUUUGUCCCAAGGUCCUGCCGUACCGUCCAGGUGGCGAGUUGCAUUCUGGUUCCGUCGGUGGCCGGUGUGUGGGGAACUGUACUUCAGUCUACCCGUCUCCGACGCCAAGGGCGUCAUGAACCGCGAGAGCUUCGCCGCGGGCGAGCGGCUGGUGUCUCCGGCUUACGUGCGGCAGGGCUGUGAGGCCCGCCACUCGCACGAGCACCUCAUACGGCUGCUUCUGGAGAAGGGCAAGUGUCCAGAAGAUGGUUGGGAUGAAAGUACUCUUGAACUCUUUUUACAUGAGCUUGCAGUCAUGGAUAGCAACAAUUUCUUGGGCAAUUGUGGUGUGGGAGAAAGGGAAGGGAGAGUGGCAUCUUCAUUAGUUGCUCGUCGUCAUUACAGGCUCAUUCAUGGGAUUGGACGAUCAGGGGAUAUUUCUGCUGUGCAACCAAAAGCUGCAGGCUCCAGCCUUUUGAACAAGAUUACUAAUUCUUUGGUCCUGGACAUCAUAAAGUUGGCUGGUGUGCACACAGUGGCCAAUUGCUUUGUAGUUCCUAUGGCAACUGGUAUGAGUCUAACUCUGUGUUUCUUAACAUUACGACACAGAAGACCAAAGGCAAAGUAUAUCAUAUGGCCACGAAUAGACCAGAAAUCCAGUUUUAAAUCCAUGAUCACCGCAGGUUUUGAGCCGGUGGUGAUAGAAAACGUGUUGGAAGGUGAUGAACUGCGCACAGACCUGAAAGCUGUGGAGGCUAAAGUCCAGGAACUUGGGCCUGAUAAUGUUCUGUGUGUUCAUUCUACUACAUCCUGUUUUGCUCCAAGGGUGCCUGAUAGAUUAGAAGAGCUGGCUGUGAUUUGUGCUAAUUAUGACAUUCCACAUAUAGUCAACAAUGCCUAUGGAGUGCAGUCUUCAAAGUGCAUGCAUCUUAUUCAGCAGGGUGCUCGGGUUGGUAGAAUAGAUGCUUUCGUUCAGAGCUUGGACAAAAAUUUUAUGGUCCCAGUAGGUGGCGCUAUAAUUGCUGGCUUUAAUGAUACCUUCAUACAGGAAAUCAGCAAGAUGUAUCCAGGAAGAGCUUCAGCUUCACCUUCUUUAGAUGUCCUUAUUACUUUGUUAUCACUUGGAUCAAAUGGCUAUAAGAGGCUGUUAAAAGAAAGAAAGGAAAUGUUUUCAUAUUUGUCCAGUCAACUAAAGAAGUUGUCAGAAGCCUACAGUGAAAGAUUAUUGCAGACACCUCAUAAUCCCAUUUCAUUAGCUGUGACACUUAAGACACUAGAUGAACACCAGGAUAGAGCUGUCACUCAGCUUGGCUCAAUGCUUUUUACCAGACAGGUUUCUGGAGCCAGGGUUGUGCCUCUUGGGUCUGUGCAAACUGUGAGUGGCUACACUUUCAGUGGCUUUAUGUCCCAUACAGAUAAUUACCCUUGUGCUUACCUCAAUGCUGCAGCAGCCAUCGGGAUGAAGAUACAGGAUGUGGACUUGUUCAUAAAAAGACUUGACAGAUGUUUAAAGACACUAAGGAAAGAAGGAAAGAAGGACAGCGAUGUAUCUGUAGUUGACAAUUAUGGCAAAACUAAAGAUGUGCAUAUUGAAGAAAUGCCUUUAAAACUAGAUAAUGUACUUCUUGAUACAUAUCAGGAUACUUCUUCAUGAUGUGUGAAAUGUUUCUUUUUGAUAAUCUGAAAGAAAUGGUAUGGCUACAGUACAUAAAGGCAGUUUAAAGAAAAGAACUGAAAUUUUUGAAUUGAGAAUUUUAUAGAGAAUAUUCAGUUGAGGACUAGACUGUGGUCUGAGUUAGCUCUUGAUGGUUGCUGUUUUUUAUUUUUAGACUGUCUCAAUCUUUUUGAUUCUUGACAGGUUAAAAUAUUCAAUUAGCAUUUUUAUAAUUGUUAGAAUAUUUGUCAAUGAAGCAUCAUGGUUCAGAUAAUUCAUAGAAAUAUAAUCACUGUAAAAUCACCUCUAAUUCUCUUUGAAACGUAGAGUGCUUCUUCCUAGUAUUCACAAAUCACUUACAUUUCUGAUCAAACAGAAUCUCUAAUGCUGCUGUUAUUGAACCUUCCCUCAGGUGUCACAGCGUGCCUGUAAGAGACCUUAUCAAAGGAGCAGAGGCAAGACGUAAACUUCCAUUUAGAUGCCAGAGCAGCGGUUCUCAACUAGGGAUGAUUUGCUUAUAUCUAAGCAAUGUUUAGGGACAUUUUUGGUUGUUGCAGCUCGUGGGAUAUUAUUGACAUUUGGUGGGAGAGGCCAUGGGUGCUGCUCAGCAUCCUGUAAUGCAUCAGUUCCUGGAACAGAAUUAACCAGUCUAAGAUGUCAGUGAUGCUGAAGUUGAGACACAAUACUCUGAAAUCCAUGAAAUCCUCAAAUGUAGAGGAGUUUUCCAUAACAACCUUAGUUAUGCAGUAGUUACCGUCAUGUGCUGCAUGACAACAGCAAGGAACUACAUCUUAGAUAGUAGUUCCAUAAGAUUAUAUUACCUAGUGACCUCAUAUCCAUUUGGGGUUUUUUUUUUUUGGUGGUACUGAGGAUUGAGCCCAGAGGCACUUUUCCACUGAGCUACAUCCCCAGCCCUUUUCAUUUUUAAUUUUGAAACGGGUUCACUAAAUUGUUGGAGAUGGCCUUGAACUUGUGAUCCUCCUGCCUCAGCCUCCUGAGUCACUGGGAUUACAAGAGUAUUCCACCAAGCCCACAACCAUCUUGGUUUGUGUAACUAUUACUUUCAUGUUCACUUAACAGCUCCACUAACGAUCUCAGACCACAUCUCCAUCAUUAAGCAACACAUGACUGUCCUCCAAGAAGCUAGAUCUAGAAAUUUUAUCAACUAUACUGCAUAGAGAACCUUAAGUGAUAACUAGGGUAAUGAGUUCUAAACAUGUCAUUAUAAAUUGUUCUUUAUGGAACUUGCACAUUUUUCCAUUUGGGCAAGUGAAAACUUUAUUUCACUUGCUGUUUUUGCUUUAAACAAAUUUGUAUAUUGAUUAGUUUGCUCAGGUGUGUGCUCAGCCACCAUCAAGAUUGGCUAACCAAGGUUAUUUUGUAACAUAUUUUUGCUAGGGAGGUAAAAAUUAUGUUGUAUGAUAAAUGGAUGUAUUACUCUUUUCUGUGCCCAUAUGCUCAUAUUCUGAGUCUAAAAUUCCAGGUUUAUUGACUAACAAUGAUUUUUAUUAAUUUUAAGAAAUUGACUAACGCCUCAUAGCCUAAGGAGUAGGUGAAGCCUCUGAAUACACUACCUUGCCAAGCCAUGUUUCCCCAAACCUGCUCUGUAAAGCAUUUUUUC